AUGUCAGUUUCCACAAUAACAAUUACAAAUACUAUUAAUAAUAACUCAGCUAUUCUUAACAAUAAGAACUCGAAUAGUUCAAAUGUAAUAAUAAAAAAAUUAAGAACUUUAUCAAAUCAAGAGACUGUGUUUUUUAAAAUCUUUCAUAAUCUAGUUAUUGUUAAAGAAAUAUUUAAACAUGUAAGAUUAUUAGAAGAAAACGACAAGUGUAAAAUUAGUUCAUUAAAAGAGUUUUACUAUCACCCAAUGAGGGAAUACAUAUCAAAUUUAACAUUCGAUCAAGAUUUUAACGAAAAGAUACCAAGAAACUUAUUAUUAAGUCCAACAAUUAAAGCAAUUACAUUCGGGUAUCAAUUUAACCAUACUAUUAAAGAGUUUAGAGUUCCCAAUUCAGUAAUAGAGAUUUGUUUCGGUCAUUGUUUCGAUAAACUGUUGGUUAAAGGAAUGAUUCCAAGUUCUGUUAAAACAUUAACAUUGGGACAUAUGUUUAAUCAAGAACUAAUACCAAAUCAAAGUAUUCCAAAUGGUAUUUUAAAUUUAACUCUAGGUUAUGGUUUUAAUAAAAACAUUCAAGUUAAUAGUAUCCCCUUUUCAGUUACAUCAUUAGAGUUAGGUCAUUCAUUUAAUAAACCAUUAUCAAGAAAAGUAUUACCUAGAAAUUUAAAAUCUUUAACAUUAGGAGUAUGUUGGGAUCAUUCAUUAGUAGAAGAGGGCACAAGCUAUCAAUCAAUACUUCCAGAUUCUUUAGAAAAGUUAAAAUUAUUUGCAUUUAAUUGUCCAAUUUAUUGCGAAAACACCAAAAGAUCACUGUUACCCAACUCUUUAAAGAAUUUAAUUUUUGUAUCUAAAUUUAACCAACCAAUGUUUAUAGGAUCACUCCCCCCAAAUAUAGAGCACUUAGAGCUUGGUUUUCACUAUUCUCAACUUAUAGAACGUGGAGUACUACCUCAAAGUUUAAAGUAUUUGAAUUUAGGUAAUAGUUUUUAUUGGGCCAUCGAUAAAAUGGGUAUUAUACCAAACCAAUUGGAAAGCAUAAGAUUCUCACCAUGCUCAUUUCAAAAAAUAGUUAGUCAUGUAUUCCCUCAAACUCUUCAUACAGUUUCAGUUGGAUAUUACUUUAAAGAUUUAGAUAACGUUCCAAACUGGGUUAAAACAUUAGAAGUAUCAAAAGUUAUUCCAAGCAUACCUAAAACAAUUAAAACCCUCAAAUUUAGAGAAGAUUUUAAUAACCUAAAUUCAAUUUCUUCAAUUCCUGACCAUAUCACAAGCCUAGAUACUGGUGAUAUAUUUAACCAACCUAUAAAAUGUGGUAUCAUCGCAUCAUCUAUAACCACACUCAAAUUUGGUGAUGCAUUCAACCAACCAAUAGAAAAAGGUUCCAUUUCAAAUUCAAACAUUCGACAAUUAGAAUUUGGUAAAAAUUUUAACUAUCCUUUAAGCGCACAAUUAUUACCCUGUAAUUUAGAAAUUUUAAAAAUAUCAAAACAAUAUACUAAAAAAUAUUUAAAAGAUGUACCAAAAUCAAUUAAAAUUAUAUUUAGCUAA